ACCUGUGUGAAAGGAAGGCAUCAGAGUGGCAUCAUUUUGGCUUGUGCUGGAACAUGUUGCUGAACAAGUCUUUCAAGAUGGUCCUCCUCAGCAUCAUUAGAACCCUUCUUCUUUGGGGACUGGUGCUUUUUAUGGAACACAGGGUCCAAAUGACCCAGGUAGGGCAACCCUCUGUGGCCCUCCUGCCUGAGGCCUGUACCUUGCCCCUGAUUAGGGAGCUGCUAGAGGAAGCCCCUGGCAAACAGCAGAGGAAGCCACAGGUCCUGGGGCAUCCCUUGCGAUAUAUGCUGGAGUUGUACCAGCGUUCAGCCGACGCACGUGGGCACCCUAGGGAGAACCGCACCAUUGGGGCCACCAUGGUGAGGCUGGUGAGGCCAUUGGUUAAUGGAGCAAGGCCUCUCAGAGGGCCCUGGCAUAUACAGACCUUGGACUUUCCUCUGAGACCAAACCGGGUAGCCUACCAACUAGUCAGAGCCACUGUGGUUUAUCGCCAUCAACUUCACCUAGCUCCCUUCCACCUCUCCUGCCAUGUGGAGCCCUGGAUCCAGAAAAGCACAACCAGUCACUUUCCUUCCUCAGGAAGAGGCUCCUUAAAGCCUUCCCUGCUGCCCCAAGCUUGGACGGAGAUGGAUGUCACGCAACAUGUUGGACAAAAGCUCUGGAAUCACAAGGGGCGCAGGGUUCUACGACUCCGCUUCAUGUGUCAGCAGCAAAAUGGUAGUGAGAUUCUUGAGUUCCGGGGGCGUGGCAUUUCAUCCCUGGACACUGCCUUCUUGUUACUCUAUUUCAAUGACACUCGGAGUGUUCAGAAGGCCAAACUUCUUCCCAGAGGCCUGGAAGAGUUUAUGGCAAGAGACCCUUCUCUUCUUUUGCGGAAGGCCCGGCAAGCAGGCAGCAUCGCAUCUGAGGUUCUUGGCCCCUCCAGGGAGCACGAUGGGCCUGAAAGUAACCAGUGUUCCCUCCAUCCUUUCCAAGUCAGCUUCCACCAACUGGGUUGGGAUCAUUGGAUCAUUGCUCCCCAUUUCUAUACCCCAAACUACUGUAAGGGGGUCUGCCCUCGGGUACUACACUAUGGUCUCAAUUCCCCCAAUCAUGCCAUCAUCCAGAACCUUGUCAAUGAGCUGGUGGACCAGAGUGUCCCUCAGCCCUCCUGUGUCCCUUAUAAGUAUGUGCCUAUUAGCAUCCUCCUGAUUGAGGCAAAUGGGAGUAUCUUGUACAAGGAGUAUGAGGAUAUGAUUGCCCAGUCCUGUACGUGCAGGUGACAGCAAAGGUAUGGCUGGCUCAGGUUUCCCUGAGAAAUUGGUGAAGGGUUUAAUGUAAACAAAUCUUAAUGUCAAAGCUACAAUGAUCCUCUGCCAAAUCUAUGGGUUCUAGUUCUUGCCUUCAGUGUUGUUAAGUCUGUCCCCCCACUUAUGAGCCCCUCACUUUACAAAAACAGUUCUGCUACCAAACAUCAGUACAUUUUGACUGCUAGUCAGAGCCCUUAAUGCUUAAGAUCUUCCUUUGGAGAAGCCCUCUCUAUUGUCUUUUUUAUUGUGACUUUUGUCAAAAGUCACCAGUCCACGAUGGUAGAACUUUAGGAAUUAUGCCACAAAGGCCUGGGAAAGGGGGAAUCAUCCUAGAGUCCAUCUUCUGAAGGUCUAGAAGAUUUGGAGUGAAGAAAGCAACCUGAGAUUUUUAUUCUUCUCUCCCUUGCUUCCUGAAUCCUAGAUACUAGCACCUAAUGGGAAAGACUGCCUGCUUCUGUGUUUGGAUUUCCCUCUAAAUCUAAAAGUAAUGUUUCUCAGAUGGACCAGAAAACUUUUAAGCAAUAAUCUCCAUGAAAAUCUUUUGAGGGAAACAGAAGGAAGUGAAUAUUUUUUCUAAGCUAUCAGGGCUUUUCCUCUCAGGCUCUGAACCUGGGGGAAAUGCCUAGGAUUCCUUUUUUCCCUAGGGUGAGGAGAGGAGCCUUUAAUCAUGCCUGCAGGGCAAUGUGUCUGGAGCCAAGAUGACAAUCCCUUCAAAGCCACCUGUAUCUAUAGUAAAGAGAUGAAGAGCUGUCAUUGCUGAUUAGGAUUAUCUAUGGGGGAGUUGUUUUAAACUUGCUAUGGAACAGUAGAUUUCACAGGGUAUUUUUCUCAUUUUAGGUAACCCUUAAACCACUGUUCAUGAUGCUGCUAAGAAGCUCCCCAGUAGCUCGGAGCCUGGGAGUUGACCUGGUUGGGAGUGGAGGGGGUAGAGGCUUCAGUUAGGAAGUUUGAAGGGCUGUGGGGGAAGGGUGAAACAUGCGGAGGCUACUUUCAUUCUGGGCUUGCCUGUUUGUUCACUUGGACUCUGGGCAUGGGUCUCUGAGGGAGAUAGAGUUGCUGUAUUUGGAGGCAUGGAGCUCUGCCUUGGACUAAAUGAUGCUUUUGCACUGUUACUCUUUCCUACUCCUAUGCUGUAUUGAAGUGAUGGGAACUGGGCUGUGUUGCAAAUAAAUCAUUUUUUUGCGUU